AUGGACCCCGUCACGAUCCUGGGGGCCGUGGGAUCCGUUGUUGGAAUUGCGGCUUUUGGGCUGCAAUUGCUCACGUUCCUCGACACAUUCGUGUCGACCUAUGCCGAUCAAGGCGUUGAUCUUGAGAGAAUCUUAGAGAGUGUUGCAGAAACUAGAAAAGCUCUCGAGUCUGUUCAGGAUCUUCUCCUGGAAGAGAGAGCUAAUCUUGCCACAUACAAGAAGUACAUGAUCUUCUCAGAAGAAGCUUUGAGGAAGGUCGAAAUCACCGCCCAUCGCCGCCAAAACCUCGAGGACAUAUUGAGGGAUCCUUAUCUGCGCAAGGAAAUUGCUGGAAUGGCCAAACAGCUGAAUUUGACAAUGGUAAAACCUUCACCGCCAGAUCACUUGGCCCUACCCCCAGAUCCACCAAAUCUACGAAAGGAAACAAUUGUGGGUUCACGGUCCAAGACUAGUAAGUCCAAUAAGUCGAAUGCUUCUCGUUCCGCGGCAGGAAAGUCACCAUCCAGCAGUCGUCGAAGAAAAGAUACCAAAGACUCCUCUAGUCACCGAAGGAGACGUCUUCAAAGUCAAGAUUCCCUGUUAGCAGGAAAUCCAAGCAUUUCAAGAGGGCGGACGCCUGAGCCGAAUCAAAUAUUUUCUGGCUUUUCUGAUCGACAAGAUUACCAUCCUAAAUCUCGACACAAGAAAACAAGGCCCCUGGCAACAAAGGAAAGCGAUAUGUCAUCAGAAGACUUAGAGCACCCCCCUAAGUUUGUGGAACAAGUGAAAGCAGCGCAAGAAAUGAUUGCCAGAACUAAGUCGGAAGGUAAGAGAGCCGCGAAGGCUUCGAAAUUUACCGUUAUAGGCAAUCCCGAGACCAUACUACCAAAGGGUGAGACAAGUCGCACAACACACGUCUUUCCUGAUAUACCGAUGAGUCAAUCACCUCCUCCAUGGUUGGAAAAGGACACUCAAUCAGUCGCACCGGAAAGCAAAAGCCAGCACUAUGGCCCAAUCGUCACAUCAACGAAGGAGAACGCUGACAGUGUUCCUACUCCCUCGCGACCUUCUCAUGCUGUGAAAUUUGCGACGACUUAUCAGAGACCGUCCGUCACCGAGCCACUUGAAUCUUCCACGAAAGAAAAUCAGGAAUCGGCACCAAACCAUAAAGCACAUGAUCUAGAUAGGAAGUUUGAUGGAGAGGCUGAGGAACCGUUUGACUGCCAUACUCCAGUAGCGGUAGAACCUGUCAAAACUUUUCAAGACCCAAGCCUCGAAGCAAGAACCAUGGUUCUUCCUGACACGCCACUUGCACGAAUUCUACCCCACCACGAACAAGACAUUGACUCUUCAAGCUUACCAAUACCAACGAUUACAAGAGAGCCACCGGAAAAGCUCGGCCACUCGAGCAUCAACACUUUGACUCCUUCUCUAGUUCAAUAUGUUCCUACCAAGCCUUCUGGUAUAUACUUAACCAGGCCUCUCAAACCACCGACCGCGAGCAUUUUCAACACCUCGGCCGGAUUGAACAUAGAGAAAGAACUACUUACAUUCGCAGAUAUCAACGGGAGAACGCUUGAGUCCAAAGACAUAGAAAUUCCCAUAGUCUUACCUCCAAUAGCCCUAGACCGAGCUCAGGUGCCCUUGCGAAAAGGAGAACCCCCGGUCGACGAGAACAGCCUGACCCUGAUCCCCUCUCAAGAUACGAAAACAAGAGAGAAUUCGGAAGCUGAAGACUCGGACGCCAAUUCAUUUGUCACAGCUUCCGCAUAUUGGACACCGCUGGAAGAUUUGGCGAAGGAGCUCGAUAUCGAUAAACUGGUCGAGAAAGUUGAAGCACUAGCGAUAGAUGCUCAAGAAUACCCCGACGAACUACCCGAACCCGUCUUGAUCGAUCCAAAACCCCAUUCUAUGUCAUCUACUCGGGAGAUUGAUUCAUAG